CGGCAGUUCUAUGCUUAAAACGUGUGAGGGUCUCGUUAAGCGGAGUUCCGCUGCUUCCACGCAGUUGAGAGAGCACCGCUCAUCCACACCGCAGUCAUCACCGUGAACCCGCAAGACUAAGUGGAUCAACAGCGCCUCUAUGUGUUGUGGGUCUCUCUCGGAGUGACGAUGGCAGAGAGCUCGCACUGUUUCUACUGUCGGGAGGAUCUUGCGGGGAAGAGGUUUGUCCGCAACGAAGGCAGGCCGGUGUGCGUCCGCUGCCACACCAAGUUCUGCGCCAAUUCCUGCGCCGAGUGCCAUCGACCCAUCCCUGUCGAAUCAAAGGAGCUCAGCCAUAAGGGCCGCUACUGGCAUGAGGAGUGUUUCCGUUGUGCGAAGUGUUACAAGCCUCUGGCUAAGGAGCCCUUCAGCACCAAGGAUGACCGCAUCAUGUGUGGGAAGUGCUGCUCCAGAGAGGAUGCUCCACGCUGCCAUGGCUGCUAUAAAGCAAUACUGGCUGGUACAGAGAGUGUGGAGUACAAAGGGAACUCCUGGCACGAUGAAUGUUUUACCUGUUUUAACUGUAAACGAACAAUAGGAUCGCUGAGUUUCCUCUCCAAAGGAAGUGACGUUUACUGUAGCCCCUGCUAUGACAAGAAGUUUGCCAAACACUGCGUCUGCUGCAAAAAGGCUAUAACCUCUGGAGGAUUGAACUACCAGGACCAGCCGUGGCAUAGCCACUGCUUUGUGUGCAGCUCGUGCUCAAAACCUCUAGCAGGGUCAAGUUUCACCAACCACCAGGACCAGGUCUUCUGUGUCGACUGCUACAAGAGCUCCGUGGCAAAGAAAUGCAGCGGCUGCCAAAACCCCAUCACAGGUUUUGGUAAAGGAGUGAAUGUGGUGAACUAUGAGGGCAGCUCCUGGCAUGAAUACUGCUUCAACUGUAAGAGAUGCUCCCUCAGUCUGUCCAACAAGCGCUUCGUAGCCAAGGGGAAAGACAUCCUCUGCGCCGACUGUGGCAACAAGUAGUGAUGAAGAGCCUGGUCAUUGUCUAACAGUGGUUUAUAGUCAUUAUGUCUUUUUGUUUCUUUAUUUUUACAUGAAGGGUUAGAGUCCCCAUUUCAAUAUUCUGUUAACUACUACGUGUGAGUUUUUGGGAGAUUACCCAUGAAGCGAUAUAAACAUUGGGACCAAAAUGUCAUUCAUGUUCACUGUUGAUCAUUUGCUCCAAUGCUGCAUGCUAACACUAAAACAUACACUGUGCUGAGUGAUGGUAGUGACUAGCUGUGUCCUACAAGUCCUCGAAAAAUAAAUAGUAUGCAAGUCUGGUUUCCUGUAGGAAGCUUGUAUCACAUACAAUCAGUGUUGUAAUGUAACAAAGUACAAAUACUUCACUACUGUACUUAAGUAGAAUUUUCACGUAUCUGUACUUUACUUUGUUAUUUAUGUUUCCGGAAACUUUUACCCCACUACAUUUCCUAAAUAAAAUGUUUAUUUUUACUCCACUACAUUUCCUAAAUAAAAUGCUUACUUUUACUCCACUACAUUUCCCCUAAGCAUCUUAAUCAUCGUUACUACAAAAUAAAAUCGGUAUCCUAAAUUGCCAAGAUAAUGCAGGCUCCAUUCCAGUUAGUGACCUAAUGCAAUGUAUGACAUGAGUCUACAGGUCCUUUGAACAUUUUUAUUUUGAAAAGGGCACAUUUUUCUACCCAACACAGAUUUUCUCAUGAGCUGAUGGUUGUGACAGUCAACGCUGACAUUCAACACAGUGUAUGCUAACGUGUUAGCAUAAAGCUAGAGGGUACCAUGUGCUUUUUAAAGUCGUUUUAAUUGUAUUUUUAUCAUAUUUUUGCACAGAAUAACUGCUUAUAUUAAUUGCCUUAAUGUCUACUUGUUUUUUUUCUAUUUUUGAAAUUUAAUAUUUUCCUAUGACAAAAGUGUUUUUAAAUCAAACUAUCUAUAUUUGUAAUUGCUCAUUUCCAAGGGGUUGUUAUGCUUAUUGUAUGUUUUGAGUAAGUAAACUUAUAUGCACUUUUCUUAACCAAUUUCCCAAAAGAGGAAAUUUAAAUAUGAAACUGAAUAUAUGCAAACUGUAUGCCUUGAGGUGUUGCUAAAAUGAAAUAAACCUUGAAAAACUGAA